CCUCUAUUGACCACCAGCAUCCUCAGCCACUUCUGCAUGUAGACAUUGCAUCUAUUUGACUUAUGCUUGGAACUUGAUCUCGUCCUCUUAGAUUCGCUCCUCUAACAACAACCAUGUCUCUCUCAAAAUCGCUCCCAUGGACCAAAAGUCCCCUCAUCAUCAACGCUCCAAUGGGCGGCUUUGCCACCGCCAAACUCUCCACCGCCGUCUCCCAAGCCGGCGGCGUAGGCCUCAUAGGCGACGACAGCAACAUGCCAGCCCUCGCCGACACACUCGCAGAAGUCGACAAAGCCCUCAGCAGAACAGACGCCGGCCUCCUCCCCGUUGGCGUCGGCCUUCUCCUCUUCCUCGUCAGACUCGAUGAGGCCCUCCCCCUACUAGAAAAGUACCGCCCGGCAAUAGUCUGGAUGUUCGCGGCAAAGGAACUCGCCCACUACGCCGACUGGGCCGCCCGCAUCCGCGCCGCGCUCCCCAAGUCGCAAAUCUGGAUUCAAGUCGGCUCCGUGCACGCCGCGAUGGAAGUCGCCGCGACUGCCAAACCGGACGUCAUGUGUGUGCAAGGCAGCGAUGCGGGCGGACAUGGGUACGAGAAAGGGGCGGGUUUCAUUUCACUGCUGCCUGAGAUUUCGGAUGCGUUGGCGGCAAACGGACACAAUGGGAUUUCGCUCGUGGCGGCAGGGGGGAUUGUAGAUGGGCGAAGCGCGGCGGCGGCAUUUGCGCUCGGGGCGCAGGGGGUGGUGAUGGGGACGCGGUUUCUGUCGGCGCGCGAGACGAAUGUGCAUCCUGUUUACCAGGAGGCGCUCGUGGCUGCGAGUGAUGGCGGGCAGAGCACGCGGCGGAGUAAGUUGUUUGAUAAUUUGAGGGGCCCGAAUAUCUGGCCCGGGGCGUAUGAUGGGCGGAGUAUCCUUAUGCAGAGUUGGGCGGACCACGAGAGUGGAGUUGGGAUUGAGGAGAUUCGGAAGAGGCACAAGGAGGCUUUGAAGGAUGACGACAAAGGUUUCAACGCCGAUCGAAGCGGGAGAGCGGUGAUGUGGGCUGGCACGGGUGUUGGCCUUGUGAAGAAGGUGCAACCAGCGGCAGAGAUUGUAGAGGAAGUGAGAAGUACUGCAGCGGCGCGGCUGAAAGAAGUUGCCUCAAAGCUGUAGUGUGGUCUAUGGUCCGUUGUGAGAGGUUGAUACUAGAUAGAUUCGAAGUA